AUGUCCACUUACUCCCACGCACGGAUGCAGCACCAGAUCCUCUCCAAACCACGCAAGCCUCUGAAAUCUCCAGAUCGCCCGGUCGCCUUGCGUCAAGACUACAUCGCCAACUCAAAAACAACCCUCGUCCUUGCUCCGCAAGGUAACGCCCAGUCAGCAGCCGCAUACAAAGUCAAAGACCAAGACGGGCAAACGGUCUUCACCGCGAGCGGCUGGAAAUACAACGACGGUUCCUGUCGAGAGGUCCGCGAUGCCACCGGGCUGCCUCUCUUUGAGCUGCACCGGAAGAUCUCCAUUAAAAACAAAUGGUACAUCACCUUGCCAGGCGAUGAUCGCGGGGUGACCUUGGCCACUGGCACUCCGCGAUUUGCACCCGCGUUUGGAAACUUUAAUAUCUCGCUGAGAAACGCGGCUGCUAGUGACGCGAAGUCGGCGGAUGAGAAGGAGCUCACGCUGGUGAUAGAGCGGCAUGGGCGCGUUCUGCAGAGCUUUGAUGUGAUUGAUGGUGAUCGACGGAUUGCUGAAGUGUGUGAAAGUGUUCGGCAUAAUGAUAAAUUGGCACUGACUGCUGGUGCUCGGAGGGGCUAUCGGCCUGCUUUGGAUGUCGUUGUUACUCCUGGGGUUGAUAUGGCUUUGAUUGUGGUCAUUGCUAUUAUCGCCUCUGAUAGUGUCUUUGGUUCUGAGUCCGGCUGA